ACUCAUGCGUGCGGUGGAUGUGUUGCUACAGCAGGGCAGGAUGAAGAGUGGAGCGCCGGGAUCCCCCGUGCAAACUUCACUGAGCCCAAAGAACACAGUAGCCAGCCGGUGCUGAGUGCAUUUCCAGGAGUGGAUUCACUAUGAGAAUAUUGCACUUCUAAGGGAAGCUGUUGCUGGGAUUACUUAUUGGAAUACCCAGAUACCUUCAAACCAAUCCAUUCUUGUGACGCCACAAUGCCAACUGACGACUACAGCUAUUUGCCUGAUGCAUUGCCACCUGUUCCCGAAGUCCCGGACUCUGGCUCAGUCCUGAGCUCCAGCGACAUUUCGACCCGCUGCCUUCGCAACCCAGCCUUCCGUUACGCAUCCUUGCGCUAUUGCUCGGCCCACAGCAUGGACUCUUCUCCAGACAGUGCCGAAAGGCCGGUCAGCUACAGCUCUACCUCUUCCUCCGCUUCUUCUCGGGACAGUCACUGCUCACUGGGCAGCCGCUCCACCCUUGUCCACAACCCUAACUGUAUCCCUGUGACAUCAGACCAGGACUCCGGGGCUAUACGUUUGGAGUUGGUUCCAGCCCAGCAGCUGGGAAGCGGGGAAGACGACAGAAGAGAUGACGGAGAUAUGGACACAGGAAGGCAGCCUGGGAGAAAGGGCACUGAACAGACAGCAACUGAUCAUUCAGAACCAGAGCUAAGUCUUGACAGGGGGACAGAGCGAAUUGGUCAGGUGAAAGAACCCAGGACGUAUGUGGACCGGGUGGUGCAGGAGAUACUGGAUACAGAGAGAACAUACGUCCAGGACCUCAGAAGCAUUGUGGAGGAUUAUUUGGAGAAUAUCAGUAACCAGGCUCGGCUGGCUUUGAGCUCUGAGGAUAAAGGCUCUUUGUUUGGUAACAUCCAGGACAUCUACCACUUUAACAGGGACUUGCUUCACCACCUGGAGACUUGCAACGCUGACCCUGUGGCCAUUGCAGAAUGCUUUGUAUCAAAGAGUGAAGAAUUCCACAUUUAUACCCAGUACUGCACCAACUACCCCAGGUCGGUGGCCGUGCUCACCGAGUGCAUGAGGAACAAGGCGUUGGCCAAGUUUUUCCGCGAACGCCAGGAAUCUCUGCGGCACUCCUUGCCCCUGGGCUCCUACCUGCUAAAGCCGGUGCAGAGGAUCCUUAAGUACCAUCUGCUGCUUCAUGAGAUAGCCAACCAUAUGGAGAAGGACACCGAGACGUUUGAGGUUGUACAGGAAGCCAUAGACACCAUGCAGAGAGUAGCUUGGCACAUCAACGACAUGAAGAGGAAGCACGAGCACGCUGUUAGGUUGCAGGAAAUCCAGAGCUUGUUAACCAACUGGAAAGGCCCUGAUCUGAUUGGCUACGGCGAACUGGUCCUCGAAGGAACAUUUCGACUGCAGCGAGCCAAAAACGAGAGAACUCUCUUCCUGUUUGAUAAGCUCCUGCUGAUCACAAAGAAGCGGGAAGAAACCUUCACGUACAAAGCUCACAUCCUGUGCUGCAACCUCAUGCUGGUGGAAGUUAUCCCAAAAGAGCCGCUGAGUUUCAGUGUGUUUCACUACAAGAAUCCUAAACUACAGCACACAGUGCAGGCUAAGUCCCAGCAAGAUAAGCGCAUGUGGAUCUUACACCUGAAGAGGCUCAUACUUGAAAAUCAUCCUGCUAAAAUCCCUGCCAAAGCCAAACAAGCCAUUCUGGAGAUGGAUGCAAUGCACCAUCCUGGAUUUCAUUUCAGCAUCCCCGACGGUGACAAGAAGGAUUCCCCACAGACAAAGGAGGGGCCAUCCCCUCGCAGAGGACGCAGGAAAGAACCUCUUUCAAAAUUACUGAAGAAUGCCAGGCAGAAUGCUGCCAACACUGAUGGAGAAAAGCGAACAAGUCUGGGCGCCACCCUGCUCUCUCCCGUGUCCCAGCUGGCUCUGGGUACAAUAGGUCGCAGCCGCAGUCUCAUCAACCAAUCACAGGAGUCUUUGGACCCAGGUGACCACAGUGAUCGAGAGGAAGGGGAGGGGCCACAUCAGCAAGAUGCAGAUGAUGAGGAUGAGAGUGGCCUGGGAGGUGGGAAGAGGUUGCGAGUCCCAGGUAAAAGCAGUAGGAAGAGGCUGAACCCUCAAGCAUCAGUAGACAGUAUUGAACAGUGGAAAGCCUUUAACAUGAGUCCUUCAGAUCUACAGAGAGCCAGAGAGUCACUUGUGAGGGAUGGAAGUCACCACCCGCCACUUCGCAGAACCUCUAAUGUGACAGAGGAACCUCCAGAGUCCUCGGUCCCAUCAGUAGUAGUGACAGAUAGUGAGCACUCUGUUAGGAACAUUUGGGCAGACCACCGCGCUCGCAGAGCCAUGUUCCCCACCAGACAGCGAACCAUGCAGCCCGAUGAUGACGACGAGGAUAUCUACCAGAUGUUUGUUCCCACAGAACCAGGCAGAGCAGAACCUGAGGCACCCUCAGGGAGAUCAGACGAGACGUUGUCUCCGAGGACGGCCCGGCCUUGUAGCUGGCAUGUAGAGCAGCUACCUUGUGUCCAAAUUGAAGCUCCCUCAAAUGGCAGCAGGGUUCUGCGAAGGGCGAGUAGUGUCGGGGAGACAGCUACAGAAGUUCAACAGAAUCCAGAUGACAACCAGCCUGGUCACAACCUGGAAGUGAUUCACACAGAGUCCUCCAGCAAUGACAUAUCUGGGUCUUCGUCAGCCGAACAGCUAACAAUGGAUGAUAUUGAAAAUGUUUAUGACAACAUCAACUAUGAAGACCUUAAGAGAAUGGGCCUUGUCAGAAGAGAUUCAGAUGGGUCACGGAAAGAACAUUCCCAUUGCCAAUUAACAAUUGCACCUAAUGUGCCAGAGGUACCAGACACCACAGAACCGAUCAUAAAAUUUGAUAAUUACGAAGAUACCAAUCAGUUCUCCACUCAAGAAGGGAAGCCGGUGCAGAGAUCUGAGCUAAACAUGGUUGAGGAGAACAUCUAUGACACCAUUUGCUUUCGGGAUCCUCCAUCACUAGAAGCAAUAGGAAUCAACGCCGAUCAGCAGAGAGACAGUCUGCUGCCUUGUGAACAAGACUUAAGUGGGAGCAUCCGAGCGUUCGUGUCAGAGCAGAGUCUACGCUUUGGAAAUGAUGAAAGAUCUGGAACCCUCUAUUCCGUCCAAUCAGAGCCAGAGUACUCCUCGUCCUCUGCUUUCAUCGCCUCUAAACAUUCACAGAAAGGAAAUCGAAUGUCAGAACACGGUGAUGAGCUCUGGAAUGACUUGGAAAACUAUAUCAGGAACAACGAAAAGAAAGCCGAACGACUGCCUUCUGCAUUCCCGGUCAAUGCCAGUGAGUCACUAAAGAGGACACCCUCAGUCAAAACCAGUCCUCUGGCUGAUCCCCAAUCAGCCAUGUAUCCAACUAAGAGCCCCCCAGCACAUCAGGCUAGACCACCCCCUGUGCGCUCAUCACAAUCUUUCACCAUCCCAGUCAUCAACCUCUCUGACUUUCAAGGUGAGGGAACCACUGAAGGUGAACUUCAGAGUCCUGCUUGUAGUCCAAAACCUCUUCCAGUCGCACCAGAACCCUUACCCGGCACAGUGAAAAGCAUUCGCAACAGACUGGCUCGCCUAAGUAGCGGCAGCUUCCGAUUAGAGGAUGAUGACCUGGUCGAACUUCCUCCAAAAACCCCUCCUCAGAGAGAGAAUUCUAUCAAGGAUCUCCAUAGUUUGUUUCCAGGGCAGCUGGCAGUUCUGGACUCGCCACUGGCCUCCUCCUCUCUCCUGCUGGGUGAGUCAGUAGACUUCCCCCUGGAACUUAUGGACAAAUCCAAGAAUCGUGUCUUUCUGAUGGCACGACAGUAUAGCCAGAAGAUAAAGAAAGCUAACCAACUGUUGCGUAUGAGGAGUAUGGAUCCUGGGGACUCUUGUGGUCGACACAGACCUGACAGGAGGCAGAAAGACCUGGCGGCCAUCUUAGAGGAGAAGAAACAAGGGGGAGCUGCUAUAGGUGCAAGGAUAGCAGAGUAUUCCCAGCUCUAUGACCAGGUAAUGUUCAAAGACUCCUCCGCCACAGUGCACCAUAGCCACCCCGGUCUUUCGUCCUCUCCAUCCUUGCCUGAGACCUCCGCGGAGGAAGAGUGGCUACACUCCACCUACAGCAAUGGAGAGCUUUCCAGCUUCAUGUUUUCUUCCGGCGAUGUGCGCAAUGCAAGAGCCUCUUCCACGCCUGAGCGUAAACUUACCGCUUCCCGCUCCAUCCCUUCUUUCAUCACCCCGAGCUCACCGCCAUCCCAGAGAUGGAGCUCGUGCAUAUCAGCGCCCAGUGAGAAAGACGAACAUGUGUACAGUACCAUCCAGAGACAGCCUUCCUCUCCGACAAGACACUGUCAGUCGGUCAGCUCGUUAAGUAGCUUGCAAGUGGAGAAAAACAACCAACCCGGACUAAAAUGUAACGGGCCCGCUGUGGAUUGUUCCCCCGAAAGACUCCAUGGUCCCUCUUUGGGCCAUUCAGGUCGUCAGAGCAGCCUCCCAGAGAGAUCUACCCAAGGAGAGUCCGAUCUCACCUUGCAUGACGGCCAACAUGUAGUUGUCCUAAACCGAAUGUCCGCUUUAAGCAUCCUCACGGCCACCCAGAACUACUUUGCCAACUUCAAGGACAACGGCGACGACGACGACUACGUGGAGAUCCGCUCCGAGGAAGAAAUCGACCCGGAAAAUUGUGGCGCGACACAGCAAAGUCUCAGCUCUGUGGCUGGGCUUUCCCAUCAAAACCGGGGUCCCGUCCAUUCCCGGAGUUUGCCGUGUACGCCGGCGCAUGCCGCCAGAUCACUGGAUUGUGAGCAUUUGGAGAAGUAUCUAUGGAGUGAACCACAACAGAGCCAACCCAAAAUCGUCCAGUCUCUAAGGGAAAAGCUUCACUGUCUGAGCUCUAGUAGCUUAGCUUAAGUCUACCAAAAUCCAUUGCAACACAAAGAGUCCCUGCUACUGCUACUUUAACCACAAACAAAAGGGAAUAACCGCAAAUGUAGCUCAAGUUCUUCGUAAACCAAGUUCUUGGAUUGCAGAGUACAAAUAUUUUGUACACUGAUUAUGUAAAUAACUCCUAUUUUACGCUUCAAGGUAAACGACGUAGGAUCUUAUCAGUGAACAAUAGCGCUUUGAAUCCUACAUGCAAGCCGCCUUAGCACUUCCAGUCUGCUUAUUAAGUAAUGUUACAAACCUGUUUCUGAUAAUCAGAAGUAAAAUCCUAUCAGUGCCCAACAUCUUAAAUAGAUCCGCAGAACUUUUUUAUUUUGAGUAGCAUUUUAAGCACCUGUAAAAAUAAACGUUAAACAAAUGGCAAAUAAAUGUAACACAGCUACAUGCUAACUAAUACAAAUCUAAUAGGCUCAGCAUACUCAUUUUAGUGAUUGUGCGCCUUGACCGAGGUACAGUAGAUAAAAAAUAGUAGGCUGAUAUUUCUGACUAAAUAAGAAAUGUACCGUAUUUUUCGGACCAUAGGGCGCACCGGAUUAAAAGGCGCACUGCAGAUGAGCGGGUCUAGUCAGGUCUUUUUUCAUACAAAAGGCGUACCGGAUUAUAAGGCGCAUUAAAGGGGUCAUAUUACUAUGAUUUUUUUCUAAAUGUAAAACACUUCCUUGUGGUCUACACAACAUGUAAUGGUGGUUCUUUGGUCAAAAUGUUGCAUAGAUUAUGUUUUACAGAUCAUCUUCAAUUUACGUGGCUCACUUUUGACAGUGUCUUCUCCCCGUCAUCUUUGUUGUAGCGGUGUAGCGUGCAAGGACGGGAGUGGAAGAAGUGUCCAAAGAUGCAGCUAACUGUUUUAAUGACAUUCAGAUUUUACUUCAAUCAAUACAUACUUGCCAACCCUCCCGUUUUUACCGGGAGACUCCCGGUAUUCAGCGCCUCUCCCGAUAACCUCCCGGCAGAAAUUUUCUCCCGACAAACUCCCGGUAUUCAGCCGGAGCUGGAGGCCACGCCCCCUCCAGCUCAAUGCGGACCUGAGUGGGGAAAGCCUGAUCUCACGUCCGCUUUCCCACAAUAUAAACAGCUUGCCUGCCCAAUGACGUCAUAACUGUAGAAUGAUCGAGGGUGAGUUCUUGGUUUCUUAUGUGGGUUUAUUGUUAGGCAGUUUCAUUAACGUCCUCCCAGCACGGUAACAACACACAACAACAGCAGUCACGUUUAGUCUACCGUAAAGCUGUUCGUCUGCCCUAAACAGCAAUGUUGUGACACUCUUAAACAGGACAAUACUGCCAUCUACUGGAUAGCCUCCAGAACACUGAAAU